CAUAAACCUUUAUAAACCUCGGCCUAAAUUGAGUAAAUUGAGUAUUACAAUAUCCCAAGCGCUUUCGGAUUAGACAGCUUUUUCAUGAGAUACAAACCUGAAUGAUACGGAGGUAUAGUUAAGUUGAAGGGUAGGCAGAAGAAAGGAACAGAUGGCGUGCAACUUAGUAUGGAGGGAUCUCACAGCUCAGCAGCUGGAAAACAUCCGGCACCCUCAUCCUAAAAAGGGCUUGACGGGGCGCGACCUGCUGGCGAGAUACAUGGACUUGACAGACUACCAGCGAAACCCUAAGACAGCAAUCCAUUUGGACUUGUACAUUCACACAAUACAGCUUGGGCAAGAAGUAACAUCUGCUGACGAUAAGCUUUCGGGGUUGUUUUCCAUCGUCAAAAUGGUCCACCAGCGUUCAAUUCAGGAAACACUCACGAUGGAGCGAUCCUUUCUGCUGUUUAAAGAGCUUUUACUAGCGCACAGCGUCCAGCGUCCUCCUUACAGCAUCGGGUUGUUUACCUUUCAAGAAAUGCAGCGGAUAAUGGACUGGAUGCUUGACAGCUACUACCGCCACUACAAGCUGUACCAGUACUGCUACACCAACAGGGUGACCAUGAGUGCCAGCUACACGCAUCCCUCCGACAUGGUGGAGCAGGCCGCUCCUCUGCCACCGCUGCAGCAGGCGCUCACGCAGCAGCAGCACCAGGCCAUCCUCACGCAGGAGGAGCGGCGCAAGGCGCAGGGGGUUGCCGCCACCGCCGUUGCCGCUGCCGCCGCGGCUGAGGAGGAGCGGCAGGCGCGUUUGCGCGAAGAAUACGAGGCGGCGGUGCCGGAGGAGGUCAAGGACCGUGUGGCCGCGGCGGUGGAGCGGGAAGUGGCCCGGCUCCAACGCGCCAUGGAGGAGCAGUUCGCCGCCCAGCAGGCGGAGCUGCUCGCCAAGCUGGCAGCGCUGGAGGCAAGUGGCACAGCGCCGCCGCCGCCCGCACCCAGCGCCUGGGCGGUCGCGGCGGUGAGGCCCAGCAGCGGGACUGCAAAGCCAACCCAGCCCCCACCACCUCCCUCGUGAUAAGGCGGUUGGGAUGGGGUAUGGGUGAAUCUGAUUGGAGCUAUAGAAAGCUGGUCCUGCACUGGAGCGUCGACUGAAGACGAGUGAAUGGCGAUGGGGGCAUGCGGAGAAAUCAAAUAUGUAGAGGUGGACGGCCGAUAGCCGGCGAUACCGAGACAAGCGGAGGUUGCCGGUUUCUGGCCUGGGAUGUAAGGAUCAGGUCGAAGGCCGACAUGUGCGGGGCGGCUGCACCCAAUACCUGUCGUACAACAUGUAAAAGCCCACAGGUGGUUUGAUGGGAUGGACAUAACGCGCUGUGAUGGAUGUGGACAUAACGCGCUGUGAUGGAUGUGGUUCGCAGCCUCAGUAGCUCAAGCGAGCUGACACCUUCGCGCAGCUUCCCUUGUCGUUGAGGAGACAACUGAAAACGGUAUGCAAAGUAGCACCAUUGA